AUGGCGGUUUCUUGCAACCACUACUCGAUUCUCCUCUCUUCAUCGACCGCCGGUUCCUCCUCCCGUUGCUCUUCUUCUUCGCUUCUCGGCUUCCCUCGUCUCCAAACGCUGCGUUUCAAAUCAAGAAGCGUCUAUCCCAAAACAAGAGUUGCCCAUGUCUCGGCAUCUUCACGGUCUCUCGAAGCUCUGGUUUUCGAUUGCGACGGUGUGAUACUCGAAUCGGAGAAUCUGCACCGUCAGGCUUACAACGACGCUUUCUCGCAUUUCGAUGUUCGAUGUCCUCCUUCUUCCUCCGAGUCUCUCAAUUGGAGCCUCGAAUUCUACGAUAAGUUCCAGAAUCUAGUCGGAGGCGGGAAACCAAAAAUGCGAUGGUACUUUAGAGAAAACGGAUGGCCAACAUCCACCAUUUUCGAUUCGCCUCCAGAGAAUGACGACGAUCGAGCCAAGUUAAUCGAUACUCUCCAGGAUUGGAAAACUGAGAGGUACAAGGAAAUCAUAAAAUCAGGAAGUGUAGAAGCAAGACCUGGUGUAGUAAGACUAAUGGAUGAAGCAAGAGCUGCUGGGAAAAAACUAGCUGUUUGUUCUGCAGCUACAAAGAGUUCAGUUAUAUUAUGUCUCGAGAAUCUAAUCGAAAUCGAGCGAUUCCAAGGACUCGAUUGCUUCCUCGCAGGGGAUGAUGUUAAGGAGAAAAAACCAGAUCCUUCGAUAUAUAUAACAGCUGCCGAGAAGCUAGGUGUUUCAGUGAAUGACUGUUUGGUCAUAGAGGACAGUGUGAUUGGCCUGCAGGCUGCUACAAAAGCAGGCAUGUCAUGUGUGAUCACAUACACUUCUUCAACUUCUGAUCAGGAUUUCAAAGACGCCAUCGCUGUAUACCCUGAUCUCAGUAAUGUGAGAUUGAAAGACCUGGAAACUCUGCUUCAAACCAUUGUCACUGCAGCUUAA